CCCACCAUCACCACGCAGAAGGGAUAUGGUAUCUGACAUGGAAAAAAGAAUCCUGGAAAUUGUCGCUGCACACCCAAAUGUGAAAAAUAUCAUCCUGCACAUUGGUUUUAAUGACAUUGUAAAACAACAAUCAAGAGAGCUGAAAGAGCACUUCAAUAAACUAUUUGAAACAGUCAGCGCUGUGAAUGCUGACGUUUUUAUCAGUGGUCCUCUACCCCCAAUCAGGAGAGGAGCUGAGAGAUUCAGUAGACUUUACUCGCUGAAUGAGUGGCUAUCAAGUGCACUUCUUGCUCGUUCAAUGCAUUUUAUUGACAAUUUUAGCUUUUUCUGGGACCGCAGGCAUCUUUUUAAGGCAGACGGACUUUGCCUAAAUAAGAUGGGAGUAAAGCUAUUCAUGAACAACAUGUUUCACUUCCUGCAUCUUGCAUCUAUCAUCACUGCCAAGGACAAGAGCCAAGAGGAGCCACCGAGGAAGGAAGACACAACACAGCCUAUCAGGAACGUCGAAGGAGGACCGCCACUGCAAAAGGAGAACGUCGACCAUGAGAUACACCAGAGCAAAGAGGAGAGGUGUCUAUCCUCCUCUACCGCCCCUCCCUCCAUUCUGAAUGCAUGUGAAGAUCCCUCCCCCACAUCCCCCAAGCCAUCCACGUCUCCAUCUUUCUCCCUCCCUCAAGUAGACCUUUCUCCCCCCUUCUCCCCCUUGGAGUUCCGGGAGCUACCCCCACUCACGCCCCACCCUACUCAGAUUUUUACCCCCCUAGAUCAUCGCUCACCUCCACCACCCCCUCCACGAAGGCGUGCUCCACAACCCCCCAGCCAUACUUCACCUUUCUCACGCCAACCCCUUACACGCCCUCAACGUCCACCUUCAGUAGUUCGUCCCAGCUCUGACGCUGCUCACUCCCCCUCCCCCUUACGGCAAACCCCGCCUCGCCCUGACAGCAGUCCUGAAUAUUUCUGAUACAGAAAAGGGUUCAGCAGUAGACCACAUUAUCAGCUGGGCCCAAGGUUGCCUACAUCAAAUCAUGGCACCUUCUACAUUCCUGUUGUGACUACCAAGAGAGUAAACAUUGGGAAACUUAGCCACCCUGCUAACCUAAACAAUCUCAUUCCUAUUCUCUCCAAAUCAAAGCCAACAUCGAAGCCUGUCAAUAACACCAUCAGGAUGGGUCUGCUCAAUGUCAGGUCUCUGAAUAGCAAAUCAUUUUUAGUCAAUGAUUUUAUUAGCACUUCUAAACUUGACUUUAUGUUUUUAACUGAAACAUGGCUGGAACAAAAUAACAGUGCAAGCAUUCUGAUCGAGACAGCACCCCCCAACUAUAACUUCAUUGAUAUAUGUAGAUCGGGGAAAAGAGGUGGAGGGGUUGCUGCUAUAUUUAAAAACAUGUUUCAGGGGAAACAGAUGUCACUCGGUGAUUUUACAUCAUUUGAAUACCUGUGUGCUGUGUUGAAAUGCUCUCCCAAAAUUCUCUUGUUAAUUAUCUACAGGCCACCUAAAUAUUCUGCAAUUUUUUUUGAUGAUUUUACUGAACUAUUGUCUAGCAUCUCCACUGACUUUGACUGCCUGGUUAUAACUGGUGAUUUUAAUUUUCAUAUUGACGAUUUAAAUGACAAGGGCGCAAAAUAACUUUUUACUAUUUUAGACACAUUUGAACUGUCUCAACAUGUGAAAGAGGCUACUCAUUGUAAGGGACACACUCUGGACCUGAUUAUCACAAAAGGUCUCAAUGUUUCUGAUGUUCUUGUGAUUGAUCCUUCAUUGUCUGAUCAUUUCUGUGUUUUCUUUAAUAUUUCUGUAAUUCCGGACACACAAACAGAAUCAAAGAAUGUCAAAAAGCGGUACAUAAAUGAACAUGCUAAUGUCCUCUUUAAAAACGCCAUCUCCUCACUACCACCUCUAAACCCAUGUCAUGCUGAUGAUCUUGUAAGCAACUUUAAUUCCAAAAUUGUGAAUAUCAUAGAUAGCAUUGCACCUGUUACAGUUAAAACGAUUUCUGGCAAGCAAAAGGCACCCUGGAGAAAAUCUGCUGCUGUAACAGCCCAGAGAAGAGAGUGCAGGAAGGCUGAACGAAUCUGGCGGAAUACAAAACUUCAUAUUCACCAUGACAUCUAUAAAGAGAGCCUCCAGGCCUACAAUUUAGUCUUAAAAAGUGCUAGAGAAACAUUGUUCUCCAAUAUCAUAAACAGCAACACAAAUUAGGCCAAAACCCUAUUCACAAUCGUUGACAGACUGACUAAACCCCCAACACAAAUACCAGCCGAACUCCAUUCCACGCAGAAAUGCAAUGAGUUUGCAUUCUUUUAUACUGAUAAAAUUGAAGGCAUCAGACGCACCAUCAAUAUCUCAAGUAAAAAAGUUGGAUCACCACCCCAUUUAGGCAAAAGUAACACAGCAAUGAUGGCAAGCUUUAAUGCCAUAGACUCUAAAACUCUAGUGGAAACGGUGACAGCUCUAAAGUCAUCCACCUGCUGCCUUGAUGUUUUACCUACCAACUUCUUUAAGAAUGUUUUUGACUGCCUAUCAACAGACG